AUGCCGCCCCAGAUCAAACAAGAUCUCAACCGUUCCGGUUGGGAAACUACCGACUUCCCCUCCAGCUGCGAAAAUUGCCUGCCUGAUAACCCUUACGUUCAGAUGCUGAAGGAAGACUAUGGGGCCGAGUGCAAAAUCUGCACCAGGCCCUUCACUGUGUUCCGCUGGAAGGCCGAUCGAACCGCCAGGACGAAGCGAACAAACAUAUGUCUGACCUGCGCGCGGUUAAAGAACUGUUGUCAGUGCUGUAUGCUCGACCUGUCUUUUGGACUACCAAUUACUGUGCGCGAUGCUGCUCUUAAAAUGGUAGCUCCUGGCCCACAGUCAACCAUCAACCGAGAAUACUAUGCUCAAGAGCAUGAAAGGGAAUUGGAGGAGGGUCGAGGCGCUGUGGAGGCAUAUGAAAAAACGGACGAGAAAGCAAGAGAUCUGCUAAGGAGGUUGGCAAACAGUGAACCAUACUACAAGAAGCAACGACGCCUGGAAGCAGAGGGAGCGGACAAACCAGCCGAGCAGAAACAAAAUGGAUACGGACCAGGCCCGGUGCGAACGGCGGAUACUCGAAAGACAGGGACCACACAGCGAGGCGCUCGACCCGGGCAGGGUGGUGCAAGAGUAGUUGCUAGCGCCGCAAGACCUCCUCAGCCAGAAGACUACCUCCCACCAGCCGACCCCAAAAUCACCUCGUUGUUCGUCACUGGUGUUGAGGACGACCUGCCCGAGCAUGCCAUCCGAACAUUCUUUGCGCCUUUUGGCCAGAUCCGUUCGAUCGUCUGCUCACACCGAGCCCAUUGUGCCUUCAUCAAUUAUGCAACCAGGGAGGGGGCUGAGGCAGCCGCCGCGCAUUGUCAAGGGAAAGCUGCCAUUCAAGGUUGCCCUUUGCGGGUAAGAUGGGGUAAACCAAAACCACUCGAUAACACAGAUCGGGAACAGAGAUUGGAAUGGGCCAGAGAAGGAAGACAGACCGCAGCCGCGAUCAAAGAGGCACAGUCUGGUGGUCGAGCGAUAACUGCCGGCGACGGUCAAACUCAGUCAGAAGGAACAGACCGAGGCGAGAGUGCCACUAUUACAGUUGCACCUCCACCAGGUCAAGGGGAGGUCACAUAUGCUAGUCUGGCUGGAGAUUGA